GCCCGUUGCAGUCUGUGCUCACUGCUCAUCGUAUUGCGACACUCGUCAACGUGCGGUCUCAUGUUCCAAGGUCUCUUAUGCGAAUUCAUUUUUCAAAUCGAACAAUGCACUGGCUAUAUUGCCCCGGGGAGUCUCUCUAGGGGGGACAGGAUGAUUUACAUUUACGACUGCGAGCCAUUUUAGAAACAUCGUAAAGCGCUGCAGAUAAAGACGCAAAGUAUAGAACAGCAAACAGCCAAUAGCAAAAAAUACAUUUGCAUAUUUCUUCACGGUACAUAUUAUCGAACACGGCUCUUAUGGUCAUACGAAACCAUUAAAUGAAUAGGAAAUUCGACGUCCGUAUUGUAGGGAUCUGACUGACGAGCGGCCUUGUAUAACAAUAUAGAGUGCAGGGGAUGAUAAUUCUGCAGCGCAGGGGAUGAAAUUUUCCUGGAAGUAAAAUGAGCUGGAAUCAGAAAUACGAAAAAAAGCUCGGCUAGGGCGGCGCAGAGAGGGGUGAAACGUCCCUUCUCGCGAACGUCCGAUCCUCUGCCGAGAAGCAACCCCUCGUACACAGGAGGGUUCAGGGUGGAUAAAGCUGCUGGAUACGUAGGGGGUAAGGGAUUCGCGCGGCGGGAGAGGGUCAACGGGGUUGCGCGGGGGUGGAAAACCGUGUGUCGGUGCGUAGCUAACAGGCGAAAGCUAGGAGGACUCGACGCGAAAGAGUAACGCGAACGCUUUGAGCUGACGAGUAACGCGAGAGACGAGGACGAGGGAAUAGGCAGUGGGAGAAAGAGAAACUCUUGGAGGGAACAAAGAGAAGCGUAUCGGGUAGGAAAGGAAGGAGCGUGGGAGGAGUGCGGGAUCAAGAGAGAGAAAGAGAGAGACAGACAGAGACCGAGAGAGCGAGUGUAAUGCAGACAGGAUGUAGAGAGAGAGAUAGAGAAAGAGGGAGAGAUAUAUAGGUCUUUCUCCCCAUGGGUGUACAUAUACACGUCCUGGUCCCUUAUUCCCUGUACGUGCGAAGGGGGUUUCGAGAGGCUAGCAACGGUACAGCCACGACGACAACGAGCCACAACCACGACGCCGAGAAACACGACUACUACGACACCGCGUGGGGGUUGCACGAAGACCCCCUGGUGGGGUUCUGGCUGGCGACCCCACAGUCCCCCGCUGGAAAUGAUAUCAGUCGCGACUCGGUCGAGGGAGCCCCAGCACGUGCCGUGCCCCUCGCAAAGAGCCAGCCGCCAGCUCGCUCGAUUCGACGAUCCGUGGAUACGUUGUUGACGCGCGCGAUCCUCGAGUCUCGCGAAGAGACAGGUACCUCUUGCUCCCGGGGAACAGGAAACGGUGUACGUACCCGGUGCUCGGGACGAGUGAACAGCAAGCCACGGUGUAAUUUUCAUCUACCCCCUCCUCCCCCCCGCAACCCUCGGAUUGUACACGUACGCAAACACGUAUACGCGUCGAUUGAUUCCUGGCGUUAACAGUUUGAACCAACGGGACCAUCCGUGGGAUCAUCGUCUCGGGCUCUCAAAGGAAACGCUGGUGUCGCGAUAAUGGGUGAAAAAACGUUCAAUCUCACGUGGAACAAUCACUUAGCGAAUCUCUCAGGAUUGUUCGAAGGACUAUACAAAAGCGGUUCCUUGACUGACACAACGUUGGCCUGUCAGGGUGGAAUGUUGAGGGCGCACAGAUUGGUUCUGGCAGCAUGUAGCCCUUACUUCGAAAGAGUCUUCAAAGAACAUUACGGAGAACAGCCCAUUCUUAUUUUAAAGGGUGUGGCGGUGGAGGAAAUGGAAUGUCUGUUGGACUUCAUGUAUCGCGGAUCGAUCGACGUCGCGGAAGAGCAUCUGCCCUCUUUGAUCAAAACCGCGACGGAUCUAGAGAUUCGCGGUUUAUCCGGCGAUCAAAGGAACCAAGAGAACAGCAGAAGUCCGUACACGAGGGUCGAGACGCGGAUGCAACGGUGCCACAUAGAGGCGAGAGUUCACACGACGGAGUACAUGAAGGAACCGUCCGUGAUCCCUUUCUUACCUAAGUCUUCCGUCGAAUCACUGGAGGAUCACAUCAAGGUGGAGGAAAUCGAAGGCGAGGACGAUCCGAUGGUGAUCGACGGACACGAGGACGCGUUCGACGAGCCCCUCAGAACGCCCGAAACGCAAAUUAGGCGCAUGCCACCGCCAAUGUACAAACGUGAAACGCGAUUCAAAGGUCAGAAAAGGGUCUCUGUGGGUCGUUCGACGCGAAACAGCGACGUUCUGGAGUUUAGAGCGAAGGAACGGAAGGAGGACUCCACCAGAGAAGGCUACGAGGGUUCGGCUAACGCGAUUAAAUCUGAACCAAACUUUAAUAACGGAUCCACAGAUCCCAUGGUACCGGACAUACAGAUGAACGACGAUGACUUACAAGAACGAGAUGAGAAUCUGGACUCCUCGAAGACUGCCGAAGAGAAUGCAAGGUUGACGAUCAAGAAGAAAACGGACAUUUCCACGAGAAAAAGUUCGAACGAAGGAAAAGUGACCAGGCCUAUAUUGGCCAGGUCCGAGAAGGCUCAGUAUAAACCCUUCUCUUGCGACUUGUGUACACUGGCGUUCACCAGAGCUUCUCAUUUGGCCAGACACAGAAGGGUUCAUACCGGAGAACGACCGUUCGCUUGCAGUAUUUGUCCGCGAAUGUUUGCUAGACAGGAUAAAUUGAAACAACACGUGGAUUCACAUUUACAGUGGCCGAAAAGGAAGAACAGUUUGUCGAGCCCCAGUUGUCAGUCGGCGCCACCGGUACCGGGUAAGGGGAAAAGAGGCAGACCGAGGAAAGUGAAUAUAGAGCAAUCGGCUAUGGAGGAAAUACUGAAAUUCGGGGAGUUCAGUUCUCUCUUAAAUAAAUCUCAUUCGGCGAACUCUGGAGAAAAAGCCGAAGAGUUUUCUGAGAGCGAGAAGAAGGCGAAGGAGCAGGAAGAGGAUGCGAUGGAGGAGGGAAACGAGGACAAGGACAAGGAUAAAGAUCAGGACAAUUACGGGUGUCAGGUCGAAAACGGUCAGGACAUUAAUUAAAUUCUCUUCCAACAUAAAUAAUAUUUUUCUACGGGCAAGGAAUCGCAUGGUUCGAUACCGAACUUUCUCGAUCAACGAACCAGAUACUUUUGUCGAUUUCUUUUUCGAGCAAGAAGAGAUGUAGAUUGGCACGUGUUCUGUUGCUAAUUAGUUAAUCUCUUAGGCACUACGCGCCAAAAUAGUGGCUUUCGCGGAUGUCAUCUUUCUGUACGACGCACCACUAUAGUGGCUUUCGCGGGUCUGUGUUUUGUACCAUGUUUUAUAAUACUGAAUUGUAUUAUUAAUUAUUAGAAUGAAUCGUUAAAGUUACAAUGCAUGUAUCAUAUCUUUAAGAAAAAUUAUAAUUUAAUCAUCGAACAUUUCAUUCCUCGUGUAAAGAACAGCAUUAUCCGUCACACAUUGCAGUGCCGUAAUUCGCGUUGAACUCUGCCGUACAGAGAAACAGACCCGCGCAAAAUUCAGCAGUGCCUAAGAAGUUAAGCAAGCUUUAAGUGCAAUAACCAUUAUUUUCGAUGCUUACCCAAAGAUCGCUAUCGUUUGAUGCUAGCAAAUUGAAUUAGUUAAAUGUUACGUUUCGUGUUUUGCGUAAAUGAGAUGAAUGCACAACGAUGCGUGCUAAGGAGACGGUUUUUGAAACACUCGCAGAGCGAUUUCUAAUUGUUGUGAAAAUAUUGUUACUUUUAAUUUAUUUCAGUUUCAGUUUAUUACAUAAUUCUAGCGAAGAUAAUUCACGUGUGUAUGAAAAUUGAUAAACGGGUCGAUAAGAACUCGAAAUAUUUGUUGCUUCACCGGUUGGACGGAUAUGCGUGGCACGUCGUUAAAUCUGUGGUUCGAAACAAAAAUUGGGGCACAAUUUAUUAACCGAUAUACGAACGAGCGUGUAUACAGUAUACAAUCAUACGUACUUACAUACGUAACAAUAAGAUUUCUCGUUUCUUUUCUACAAUAGUUUUACCGUUUUUUAUACAAGUUCCUCGUUUCUCGGAAGGAGCGUCUCUCCUCUAUCGUAGACGCGACAACACGAUAAAAAAGAAGAACUGUACCAAAUUUUGUCUCAAGACUAUUUAUUUAUUUAUUAAGACUCGUAUACUUGUCGUCGUAGAUUAAAUAAAAAAAAUUGAAUAAAAUCGACUCGUUCUCGAGAGAGUACCUGAAACACCCGGUAUUCGGGUGAAUACAGGCCAUAUAAGAAUCUAAUAAACAAUCCUUAUCUCCCGUUCUUCGAGAUACUCGUCUAGAUGUAAAUCGAUUUUCUACGACGGAUCGUUCGUAGUAAGUACGCGAUAUUUCUACCGUACGAUAAGAUUAGGGGAAGGAAACGUUGGGAACUCGACCAAAUUACUUAAGCUGAGAAGACUGUGGUAUGGUUCGCAUUGCGAGAUUUAACUGUGUUCACUUUUCACACUUUUAUGACCGUUCACCUAGAGACGCAGACAUCGAUAACGAUACUCGUUACAUUUCGUUAUCACAACUUUUGUUGUCUAAUUAAUUUUGAUAAACUAAUUAGAUUAGACAAAAUUACGUGCGUACGCGUGGUUUCGAGGCCUAACGAGAAUCCACACUCGAGUGUUUCUAAGAUUUUUAGAUCCGUGAAAUCGGACGAGACGUAAUUUCAUUUCUAAUCGCAUGGAUCGUCGUGCACAGUUAAAUGCAUACGAUGAUGCAAACUAUGCCUAACGUAAACGAGGCUCGACGAUUCUCAAAGUUGAAAAACAAAUGAAACUCCAAUUAUUUUGUUAUACAGACAAACAUACAUACGUCAAGUACAAAUGUCCAAAUAUUAGAGUAUACGUGUGCGUAAGUGUGCGUGCUGUGCUGUAAUCGAAAAGAAACAGAAGAGAAACAGCACCUAUUAAACUAUUAAAUAUUAAACGGUUAAUUAAGCGCGUUUCAAUUUUCUCUUUAUUAAGAAAGAAUGUGUAUUCUUUUAUUUUCUAAUUGAUAACGCUGUUUCAUUUGCGAUUUCGUUUCCUAAUGAUUUAUGAUUAUUUAUCCGCCUCGAAUAGUGUUUCAGCGGUAGUUUAAUUUUGUUUCGGUUCUAGAGCGACGUAAAAUAGUUACGAAGUACACGGUUUACGGUGUAAUUCAUUUCUGUAACGUCGACUGUUGUUGUUGUUGUACGAAUGUGCGUUUCGUUUAAUUGAAUCUUGUUGCUGGACCUGUCGCAAUGUUAAACGCCUCCCGCCCUCGUAUUUUUUUAUUACACGGCGAUGUGCAAUGAGUUAUUUCAGCGAAUCGUGAUUUGGUCCGCGAGUGAACUUGGUGCAAUUCUAGAGCGUCCAGAAGGUCGUACACGCGAAUCUUCAUAUCUUACAGUGUAUAUUAUGUAGCAGGUGUAAAUAAAUUCUAAAGCCAAA